CACGUUGGACGUCGUCUCGUCACCCGCGAGGUCAUCCUUCGUUGCGUUCAUGCACGACGCCAACGUUGUGAGCAACAGGAUCAGCGAACAUCGAGACGUCCACAGCAUCCUGAAAUACAUUAUUGAUUGAUUCUAUGGUCAGAUAGUUUAGCCUUCUUUGACUGUACUAUAGUUAAAUCGAUAAUAAAAAUGAAUCGAACAAUAGGUUGUCGACUGAACACUGUCCAAUUUCUAAGUAUCCGUCACUAUACCACCAUCACUUCAAAUAACCAAAAUUUCGGCCCCAUAACUACUUCAAAAUUAACCAGUUUCCUUUCCACACGAACAAACAAUAAUCCUCCAACGCAAGCAUCGUCAAAAAAACUGUUUAAAGUCAAUGUCAGAGGCUCAUUAUAACGAACUAUGGCUCAUUACAAGAAACGACCUGGUCAAGUUGCUGGAGCUCGAUCGAAGGAUACAACAGACAGUACAAACGAAGAUAAAGGAACAGGGUUUAAAUUUAAUGCUCCCGACGUAUCUUAGGUAUGUUAAUCUGGUAAAGAGACUUAUAGUUUGCCACGAUCAAAUGGUGCAGACACAGAAACGGGAAUUGAUCAAGCGAGUUCUCGAUUGCGCUGUCGGCAGAAUGCUCGAAUACAAGCGACGGAUCGUCGAUCUGGACUUUACGGAUUACCAGUGGCCCGAUGAUUUCAUGAAUCAAUUCAAGUACACACCCGAUGAUGUGGAAAUCACCGUGUCCGCGUGUGGUAAGGACGUGGUACAACAGCGCAGAAAACGCAUCGAAGAGUUAAUAGAAAAUGCUCACAAACCGGAGGAAACUCCUAGCGAGCAAUUAUCCGCGACAAGCGACACCGAACAUGACGACACCGAAAAGAUGAAAGAAAGUAUACCGAGACUUCGAAGAAGAAGAGUCAAAGAGGAAAGUAAAGUUAGCGAAGUUCUGUCGAUUCUUCAAGAAUCGCCAGAACAAAUCAAAGCUCGGGAAGCUCGCAUUGCCGCCGAGGAAACUAUGCGAAACGCAAUACUACUCAUACAAAGUCACGAAAGAGCGAGAGUCCAUCGGUGCAUCGCGACUCAAUUGCAACAAAUGAAUGAUUACAAGAGAAGAGUGGAGAUUGGAGAAAUAGUGCCGAGGAAGCUGAAGAGGUCUACGUUCGAGAACGCUGCUAGAACGAUACAGCGAGCCUGGAGGAGGUACGUUGCGAAGAAGGCGAACAAGAAGAGAAUCGCGCGAUUGGAAGAGCUGUUGGGCAUGACGAUACCCAGCUGGAAAUCCAACCAAGUAUUUGUGAAAGAUAGAGAAAACUUCCAGAAGAAGCUGGACAUGAUGUCGCCGUUUGCUGCUCAAAUCGACAAAACGACCGAAGAUCAACGAACUAGGUUGUGGAAGAUCAGGGGACCUGGCCUAAUAGAGGACAUCACGGAUGAGAUCCGAGAAUGGUUCAUAGUCUGGUACAACGAAGUAGGACACUUGGACGUCUACCCAGCGGCGAACUUGGGUGGCAGCGUUCUAAUAGCUACUGGACAAACGCAAACACCCCAAGAGUAUCUGAUCGCGAAGACUGCGAAGAAAGAUACGACGGAACAACCAGCGAAAAAAGCUGCCGGCAGAAAGAAAAACGUCCCUUGGGUGCCUGCUACUGAAGCGUUCAACCUUCUCGACGAUGCCAAUCAAGAUUUCAUUGCCAACUGGAGUUUUCGCGACGAAUCUGACGACUCACAGCUGAAGAUCUACGGUGACCUGAUCACGGACAAGCUUUGCUACGAACUUCAAUUAGAGAUGAGGAAAAUUGUCGACGAAUUGAUGAGACUCGAGCUGAGGACACUGAACCAGGCGCUGAGAAAAGACUAUAAAGCAGACAAUAAGGAACUCACGAUACCUAAACAGAAGCGUGGCAAGAAACGAGGUAAGAAGAAGAAAAAAGAUCCGCUGGGCAACGUUCCUGUAGAAAAUAUUUUCGACGAAUUGGCGAAGGCUAAUAUCAUCAGAAACUACCCCUUGACUUCUCUGAACGAUUGGGUGGGAGACCUGUCGUAUCAGAACUACGAAGCGGCUCGCGAAUUUCGUGAUUACAGGCAUCGCUUGGGUGAAAUUAAACAAGUGAUGAUGGAGAAUUGCGUGCUUCCUCUUAGCUCGAAAGAAAUUCAUCGAAUAGCACCCCUGGUACGAUCAGUUUGCAUCUGCGGGCUUGCGCGAUAUGGAAAGAGCUUUCUGGUGGACGCGAUUUGCUCAGAGGUCGGAGCUGUAUUAUUCGACAUGACGCCAACUGUACUGGUAGGCAAAUACGUUGGACGAAGAAACGAACAGAAGCUGAUCAACAUGAUCUCGAAAGUGGCUCGAGAAUUUGCUCCUGCUGUUAUUUUCAUCGAUAAUGGCGAAAAACCAUGGGGGAAGAAAAUACCUUCAGAGGAGAGACAAUAUAAACCGAAACGAUUCGCAAGGUACUAUCCGAAGCUGGUGAAGAGCAUCAAGCGAGGCGAUCAGAUCCUAUUUCUCACGACCUCCUCGGAGCCAUAUAAAGCAACAAGACCCUUCAUCAGGGUCCACGACAAGUUCAUAAUGAUUCCUCUCACGGACUACAACACGCUGUACAUGUUUUACAAAGAUCUACUGAUGAAGUACCACGGGGUUCAUCGCGAUAUCGACGUCUCCAGCUUGGCAAAGAUGUCCGAGGGUAUCCCGUUGGAAUUCAUCAAGAACGCGAUUGAGACCGUUCUGAACGUUCGACGAAGAAUCACCCUAAGGUUCAACCCACUGACCCCGGUAGAGAUUAUGGAGGAAGUGUUCAAGUACCAGGCUCCUACGAAGAAAUCGCUGGGACAAUUUGCGAAAUUUGAAACCCGAACUCCGCUCGGUAAGAAGAGGGCACGGUUGCUGAGGAUCGAGCAACAGGAACGCCAGAGGAAACAAAAAGCUGAAAAGAAGCGUUGAAUAUUAGAAAAAUCAGGUCAACGGAGGAAAUACGUAUUUUCUGUAUUUUUUAAUGUAGAUUGUUUUUCCGUCAAGCGAGAACCCUUCACUGAAAGGAGAAUGGUAACGAUAGAAACUUGCCAGGUAAAACGUGGGACGUGGAUGCAUUAAGAGACAAGGCUGCGGCACUUUUAACGCGAC